CUCAGUCAUUUGCUGACUUCGCUUCGUGUAGGUUCCGACUCUCAAAAAUACGCGCCAGGUUACGCGAUUCACAUAACCUCAAACAAGUUUCACUUGUCGCAUUUUUCUUCAACCCCGGCCGCGGCCUGCGCAUCACACUACCAAGGAGUUAAGGUUUUGAUACUCUGUGAGUUUGUGGCACUAUUAUGUCGGACAUGGACGUGAGUUUGGCCGAUGAGGAAGAGCAGCAGAUUGAGAACAUCUUCGUGAGGCAAGAGCCACGUUCUCGACAGGAACCAAGGAAAAUGGUUGACAUCACUAGAGACAAACCUAUCAAAGUGACCAUUCGAGUUGCUGUUCCUGUGAGAGACCAUCCCAAGUUCAACUUCGUUGGAAAACUGCUCGGUCCAAAGGGAAAUUCCCUCAAGAGACUACAAGAGGACACAAUGACUAAGAUGGCGAUACUCGGCAGAGGAUCGAUGAAGGACAGGCAUAAAGAGGAAGAGCUGCGGAAGUCGGGAGACCCGAAAUUCUCACACCUAAAUGAUGACCUCCACGUUGAGAUAACAUCGUUCGCCUCCCCGGCUGAAGCUCAUGCCCGCAUCGCUUAUGCUCUAGCUGAAGUUAGGAGGUUCCUCGUUCCGGACUACAACGAUGAAAUCCGCCAAGAACAGAUGUGGGAAAUGCAUGUCAUGAACUCUUGCUCCUCAAAUGACAGCAGCAAUAACAACACUGGAAAAUCUUCGAGCAUCCAGUGCAGUUCUAGCCAUUCAGUUGGCAGCAACGGGGCCAACGACUGUGCCUCUUCAGAGGAAUGCUCAGAGGAGCCUGUGUCUUCGGGCAGUGUGUCUCCAACAGGAGCUGCCUGUCCACAAGGUCAGGUGGUGACAGCCAUCCCUGCACAGAGUUCCCCAGCACAACAUCCUGCUUUGAGGGACAUCCCAAUUUCCAAUAGUGCAACUAAUUGCACUGGCAGGAAGAGGCCCCUGAUCCCAGGCUCGAGAAGCAUAAUGUCUCCAACUAAGCGCACAGUACUCAGCAUUCUUGCCAGAGCCAGAGCUGCUCAAGCCAAAGAGAUCACCCUGCCUCUCAACCACAACGUGAGACAAAUCUCAGGAAUCCGGGGAGAGACACUGAUAGCAGCUGGCGCUAAUCUUAUUUUGAAUUGAAUUCGAUCAAUAUAAACAUAUUUUAAACCUUGCUAAAACAAAACCCAUUCUCAAUUAAUUCCUGCCCCAGCUCAACAUAUACAUCUAUAUUAUCCUUCAAAUUCCCAUUAAAUGUUCCAUAAACCAUGAUUUACAUAAUAAAUGUGUAAUACAACUGUCUAUCCUUACAAAUUUUGCAUUAAAUGUUGCAUGAAAGAUUAUUUAUAUUGAUAAUGUGUAAUAAAUCUGUCUAACCCAUAUCCAUCAAAUGUUGCAGAACCCAUUAUAUUAAAUAUGUGUAAAAAAUCUGUCUAUCUCUACAAAUGUUGCAUAAACCUCCAUUUAUAUUAAUAAUGUGUAAUGAUAUAGUUAAAAUUCACAUUGAGCAUGAAUCAAUUAUCUGAAAUCACCAGAAUCAGAUAGAAUGAAUAAAAUAUAUUAUGUUUAUAUUAAUUCGAAUUCAAUUCAAUCCGACAGGGAAUGGUGGUGAGCACGCAACAAAUGAAUCCGGCAGGCAACGAUGAGUGAAGCGAGAUAUUUCGUUCUGAAUCCUGUAUAUUUCCAAUUUGAAUAAAUGGUCACACGAUGUAUGUUAAUAAAAUGGACCUAGUAUUGAAGGCUUAUCCUUUUUCCAUUAAAACGUUCCCUCAUGGAGAGGUAUUUCAAUGAAAAUCAUCUAAAUGUGUGCUUCCUUGGAAGUGGAUAUGUUAUUCAAUGUUGCAUUUCCGAUAGGCCUAUCUAUAAUAUUAUUAUUCCAGAUUUAAUAUAAUUAAAUUGAUAAUUGUUGUAUUGCUAUGUCUAGCAAUAAAUCAAACACGUUGGCCUAGAUUUGACGUCUAAUAUUGUCAUGUUUAGUUUACUUAUUGAAUUCCUUCAAUUCGAAUGCUUUGUGAAACUGUCUAUUAAUAUAUUCCUGAAAUUUCAUAUGGGAGUAAGCUUCCAUAGAACUUGUUUUCUCUUAUUUUAUCAGUAAUAAGUGUUCAAUAGACUCAAUUGAAAGUGUGAAGAGUUUAUCAUUCAUGAAUCGAAGCUUAACCUUAAGAUUGACUGGAGUCAUUAUCUCUUUAAACAAUUCAAUAUUUCAAAGUUGAUAUAAAUCAACUUAAAUUUUGAUUAAUCGAGAUUGAACGAGAUCUCAUAACAUUAAAAAAAAUCGAAAAUACUCGAUAUAUACAUUAUUUUCUGAAACUAUCGAACAGAGGCCGUGAAUUUAGAUUUGUAUGUUUGUAAGAAGCGCAGGAGCUCACAAUAACAUGGCAAAUCAUUGGACUGAAUACAAAACACUUAUACUACUUACUAUCAUUACAUGAAAGGACCAAAUAAAAUACAUUAAUCUAUUACAAAUAAUCAAUAUUUACGUGUACCAACUAUAUAUUCAUGUAUCCGUAUUUUAAAAUGCAUUGUAUUGAGAAAUUAUCUUCUUUACAAUAAAAACUAUAAUGAUUAAACAAUUGUUGUAUAAUAUUAUCAGCACCUACAUUAACUUUAACAUGCAAUGUAAUAAUCCAAAUUCUAAUAUCAUUCAAAUAAUAAAAUAAUUAAACAUAUUAUUAUUUAAAAUUUAUGGAUAUUACUGUUAGUUAUGAAUGUAUUUAAUGAGAGGUUAUGUUUGUGGUUGCUGUAUAUAAUAUUUUGUCAUGAUUUUACGCUUUUCUAUUGACUUUUCUCAAGCUUCCGUCAAGAGUUUGUCAUAUUUUAAAUGGAGUUGUUGUAAUGCUUGGAAGUAUCAAAUUAAACUAUAUCAACUAAGA